GGUCCCGGUCGCAGGGUCUCGGGUCCGAAGUCGCUGCGGUCUUCGGCCCUGGGAUCCCGGAAGUGACGCUUCGCGCCCCGGAAGAGAUUGCUUGGCCGCGAGUGUCUUCCUCCUCUCGUACGUGUGAGACGUAGAACUGAGCGACCGAGACCACGAGCGAGAUGCCGGUGGCCGUGGGUCCCUACGGACAGUCCCAGCCAAGCUGCUUCGACCGCGUGAAAAUGGGCUUCGUGAUGGGUUGCGCCGUCGGCAUGGCGGCCGGGGCGCUUUUCGGCACCUUUUCCUGUCUCAGGAUCGGAAUGCGGGGUCGGGAGCUGAUGGGCGGCAUUGGGAAAACCAUGAUGCAGAGUGGCGGCACUUUUGGCACGUUCAUGGCCAUCGGGAUGGGCAUCCGAUGCUAACCAGGGCAUUGGUUGCCCACUGCAUCUAUCCCCUCCCGUCAAUCUCAGCCCGUGUACUAUAAUAAAACAAAGUAUUUGAGUA